CAGGAAGAAUGGGACUUGACACAAGAAAUGUUGCUGAAUGAAUCAGAGGGUAGAGAGAGAAAAAGGGGAAGCCUAAUGUAAAUUUCUCGGCGGCUCGAUGGAUGACAUCGAAGCCAGAAGCACCCUUUUAGCGGAAAAAUAAUCUUGCUCGAGGCUUUGUAUCCUCGGUUUUGUUCCCGAUUGUUGGUACACAUAUGAUGGAACGGGCGAUGGAGCAACUAAACGUACAGCUGAACAGGCUGACCCGCUCUCUGCGUCGCGCCAGGACUGUCGAGCUCCCGGAAGACAAUGAAACCGCAGUCUACACACUCAUGCCAAUGGUUAUGGCUGACCAGCACAGGUCGGUUUCUGAAUUACUCCUCAACUCCAAGUUUGAUGUGAACUACGCUUUCGGACGAGUCAAGAGAAGUCUACUUCACAUUGCUGCCAACUGUGGAUCAGUGGAGUGCCUGGUCCUACUGCUAAAGAGAGGAGCGAACCCUAACUACCAGGACAUCUCAGGCUGCACCCCUCUGCACCUGGCUGCCAGAAACGGACAGAAAAAGUGUAUGGGAAGACUACUAGAAUACAAUGCAGACGUGAACAUCUGCAACAAUGAGGGACUGACAGCUAUCCACUGGUUAGCUGUGAACGGGCGGACUGAGCUGCUUCAUGACCUGGUGCAGCAUGUGACUAACGUGGAUGUAGAGGAUGCCAUGGGACAGACCGCCCUUCAUGUAGCCUGCCAGAACGGACACAAGACUACGGUGCAGUGCCUGCUGGACAGUGGAGCGGACAUCAACAGACCUAACUGCUCUGGGGCCACACCCCUCUACUUCGCCUGCAGCCACGGUCAAAGGGACACGGCACAGAUCCUUCUCUCUCGAGGGGCUAAGUACCUACCUGACAAGAAUGGAGUCACCCCUCUGGAUCUGUGUGUACAGGGUGGUUAUGGAGAGACGUGUGAGAUCCUCAUCCAGCACCAUGGCAGACUGUUUCAGACACUCAUCCAGAUGACACAGAAUGAUGACAUCAAAGAGAAUAUGCUCAGGCAGGUUCUAGAGCAUGUCUCCCAGCAGAGUGACAGUCACUACCAGAAGAUCCUGACCAGUCUAGCAGAGGUGGCCACUACUAAUGGACACAAACUCCUCAGUCUCCUCUCCAGUCUCUCCAGUAGCUACGAGGCUCAGAUGAAGAGUCUGCUGAGAAUCAUCCGGAUCUUCUGCCAUGUCUUCCGCCUGGGCCCUUCCUCUCCCAACAACGGGAAUGACAUGGGAUACAAUGGGAACAAGACGCAGCGCAGCCAGGUCUUUAAGCAUCUACCCCUCUCUUUCUUUCUCUUCCUCUCUCUCUUUCUCUUUCUCUCCCUAUUUCCCUCUCUCUCUCUUUCAACAUCUAUCUGUCUGUCUCUCUCUCUCGCUCUCUCCAUCCCUCUUUCUCUCCCCUCUCUCUCUCCUUUCUCCCCUUCACUCGCUCCCUCUCCUUCACUCACUCAGUCUCUUUCCUUGCCUCCCCCUUUCCUCUCUCUCUCUGAUUUCCUCCAGCCGUUGGAGUUGCUGUGGCACUCUCUAGAUGAGUGGUUGGUGUUGAUCUCUACAGAGCUGGAGAAGAGCCACCAGGACCCCUCCAACUCCUCCUCCUCAGGGAGUGAGAUCGCCUCCCUCCUCCUCAAACAACGUGGCGAGGUCGACUCCGCCUCCACCCCUGCCGUCUUCACGGUGGCACCAUCGCUGCCACCCUCCAUGCCCCUACCCCCUUUGCCGGACCAAGAGGGUGGCAAGAGGACCCCUGAGGUUCUUAUGGAAACGCCUGAGGUAUACGCGGACGGAGAGGAUGUCAUCUCUAUGACGGCCAAUCGGCUCAGCGCGGUGAUCCAGGCCUUCUACAUGUGCUGUUCCUGUCAGAUGCCACAGGGAAUGACAUCUCCUCGCUUCAUAGAGUUUGUCUGCAAGCAUGACGAGGUGCUCAAAUGUUUCGUAACCAGGAAUCCAAAGAUCAUCUUUAACCAUUUCCACUUCCUGUUGGAAUGUCCGGAGCUCAUGUCCCGCUUCAUGCACAUAAUCAAAGGCCAGCCCUUCAAGGAGCGCUGUGAGUGGUUCUAUGAGCACCUAUUGGCAGGACAGCCAGACUCAGACAUGGUCCAUCGACCUGUCAACGAGAACGACAUCCUGCUAAUCCACAGAGAGUCCAUAUUUAGCAGUAGCUGUGCGAUGGUCUCCAAAUCGACCAAUGAAAAGCUCAAACAGGGCAUCGCCGUACGGUUCCAUGGAGAGGAAGGAAUGGGCCAGGGCGUGGUGAGGGAGUGGUUUGACGUCCUGUCCAAUGAGAUCAUCAAUGCAGACUACGGCCUCUUCACCCAGUCAGCGGACGGCACCACGUUCCAGCCCAACAGUAACUCGUCAGUGAACCCUGAUCAUCUGAACUACUUCCGGUUUGCGGGUCAGAUCCUGGGGUUGGCUCUUUACCACCGUCAGCUGGUCAACAUCUACUUCACCCGCUCCUUCUACAAACACAUACUGGGCAUCCCAGUGAACUACCAGGACGUGUCGUCCAUCGAUCCAGAGUAUGCCAAGAAUCUGCAGUGGAUCCUGGACAACGACAUCAGUGACCUGGGACUGGAGCUCACCUUCUCUGUGGAAACAGACGUGUUCGGCGCCAUGGAGGAGGUGCCACUCAAACCUGGUGGGACUAGCAUCAUUGUCACCCAGGACAACAAGGCAGAGUAUGUCCAGUUGGUAACAGAGUUGAGGAUGACUCGAGCCAUCCAACCCCAGAUAAAUGCUUUCCUGCAAGGGUUCCACACCUUCAUUCCCCCCUCCCUCAUCCAGCUCUUUGAUGAAUAUGAAUUGGAGCUGUUGCUGUCUGGGAUGCCAGAGAUCGAUGUGCAGGACUGGCACAGGAACACAGAAUACACCAGUGGCUAUGACCUGGAGGAACCUGUCAUCCAGUGGUUCUGGAAGGUGGUAGAAAGCCUUACCCAAGAGGAGAGGGUCCUACUGUUGCAGUUUGUCACUGGCAGUUCCAGGGUACCUCAUGGUGGCUUUGCCUUUCUGAUGGGAGGUAGUGGCUUACAGAAGUUCACUAUUGCCUCUGUACCAUACACAUCAAACCUACUGCCUACCUCCAGCACCUGCAUCAACAUGAUGAAACUCCCAGAAUACCCCAGCCAGGAGGUCCUGCGGGACAGGCUGCUGGUCGCACUGCAUUGUGGGAGUUACGGGUACACCAUGGCGUGACGCUGGCUGCAGCUACGUCUCAGCGGGACUCCUCUGGUCCAUGCACACGAGAGUGCGCGCGUGUGUGUGUGUGUGUGUGUGCGCUUUGGCAUGGACACAUCAGUGCAAGGAAUCCAUCCAACACUUCCUAAUCCAAACAUAUUUCACCUAUCUAUGUGGCAUAUUUCACCUAUCUAUGUGGCAGUUUGUUUUAGCUGGGUAGAUUCUAUUCUACAGCCAGAGCUAGCUAUGAUUUGUAUAAGAUAAACAAGCUCCCUGUCAUUUCAACCCAAUUGAAGGAAAAGGAAAUGUGAUACCCCUGAUUUCACUCUGAACUGCCAAAAACAUGUUACCAUGGUCACAACAACAACUUAUCCACUAGACUGGCUGCACAGCAUCCCUCCCAUGGCAUGAAGCCAGUCAUCUGCCUUCCUUUUAGUCUCUCUCCUUUGGCAUUCUUCUCCUGUAACAUGGUAAUAUGGAAUGAUCUGGUUGGUGUGUAUUUCAAAUUUAAGGGGGAGUCUAUAAUGAUAUUACUGUAAGAGGCUGUGGCCAGGUAGUUUUACAUGUGUUUACCAGGGAGGUAGUUGUAAAAAGGUGGCAAAGAUUCUAGCCUGCAAGUAACAUAAACACUAAUGCAAAAAUUGCUAAUUUGUCCUAGGAAUAGGUACAUAAAUGAUUCCCCAAAUGAAUAGAAGCGUUAACGGUGCUUACAGGCGUUUACCCCCCGCUACAGUACAUCCCUGAUCUUCACAGAUGCCUAACCACAACUCCCUCACCCUAUAAGGUGCAUGUCUCAUGGCUCUACUUUGUGAGGUUCUUCAGUUUAGUGUCAUUCUGUUGUGUUAGUCUGUCAUCUGCAGCUGUAUCUCCGUGUCCUUGUAGUGAUCAUCAGGGCCCAGUUUUUCAAAAGUUAUCUAUCCGGAUUUCGCCUAUUGGAUAGCAUUAAAUGCACAGAAAUAGAACGAAUAGAACAGACGAAUCAUCGACUUCUAGUCAUUCUAUUUAUAUGUAUUUAAUCCUAUCAGGUUAGAAAACGUUUGGAAAACUGGGCCCAGUAGUCAGUCAUCCCUUUCUAUUGUAUCUGACUGGCAGGACUCUCUGGGUGCAUCCCAAAUGGAUCCGUAGUUCCUGUAUAGUGCACUACUUUUGACCAGAGCCCUAUGGGCCCUGAUCAAAAGUAGCGCAGUAUGAAGGGAAUAGGGUACCAUUUGGGAUGCAGCCUCUGCUUACCAUGUUGUAUUUCUCUCAGCUCAGUCGACUUGAAGGUUAGAGGAGCACUACAGUAUAUAGAGCUAAGUGAAAGGUUUGGUCAGCAGUGCCAAAAAGGAGAGCCAGUUUGAUUUUGAUUGCUUUUUUGUUUUUAUCCUACCUGAACAUUAUGGUGGAACAUGUUCUAAAAAGGGAUAGAAUCAUAUCAUGACUUGACAUAUCAUGACUUGACAUAUCAUGACUUGACAUAUCAUGAAUGUAGCUAAGAAAUGUUUUAUUGUUGAUCCAUGAUUUAAAUGACUCUACUUCUUUACAAUGAUGUGGGAAUGUAAAUACUUAUAUUUCAUAUUAUUUAUCACUAUUGUUUUAAAUGUAUGACUUGUUUUGCAAUUGUAAUCAGAUGUUGUAUUGUAUACAGAGCCUUUAUAGAUAUUUCUGCAAAUUACUCAAAAACAAAGUAUGUAUUUUACCAUAAACAUAAUACAUUGUUUAAACUUUGA